CGCCGGACGCGGCCGCCCGCAGCCCCCCUCCCCACGGCCCGGGGCGCCCCCGCGGUUCUGUAGUCGGGGCGGGGCGUGCGCGUCAGCUCGGCUAGAAAAGGCGGCGGGGCCCUGCCCAGAGAGGUGACAACCGCGCUCAGAGUAGGAGCCCAGCUCGACGCCGCCAUGAGCGCCGCGCUCUUUAGCCUGGACGGCCCGGUACGCGGCGCGCCGUGGCCCGCGGAGCCCGCACCCUUUUAUGAGCCGGGCCGGGCGGGCAAGCCGGGCCGCGGCAGCGAGUCGGGGACUCUGUCCGAGCCAGGCGCCGUUGCCCUUGCCAUGUACGACGACGAGAGUGCUAUCGACUUCAGCGCCUACAUUGACUCCAUGGCUGCCGUGCCCACUCUGGAGCUGUGCCACGACGAGCUCUUCGCCGACCUCUUCAACAGCAACCACAAGACGGGCGCGGCAGGCGCCGGUGCGGGCGCCCUGGAGCUGCUGCCCGGCGGCCUUGCGCGUACCCACGGCACAGCCGCCCCGCGUCCGCUCAAGCGCGAGCCAGACUGGGGAGACGGCGACGCGCCCGGCUCGUUGCUGCCGGCGCAGGUGGCCGCUUGCGCGCAGACCGUGGUGAGCCUGGCGGCCGCCGCACAACCCACACCACCCACGUCGCCCGAGCCACCGCGCUGCAGCCCCGGGCCGAGCCCUGCACCUGGCCCGGCACGGGAGAAGAGUGCGGGGAAAAGGGGCCCGGACCGCGGUAGCCCGGAGUACAGGCAGCGGCGCGAGCGCAACAACAUCGCGGUGCGCAAGAGCCGCGACAAGGCCAAGCGGCGCAACCAGGAGAUGCAGCAGAAGCUGGUGGAGCUGUCGGCCGAAAACGAGAAGCUGCACCAGCGCGUGGAGCAGCUCACGCGGGACCUGGCUGGCCUUCGGCAGUUUUUCAAGCAGCUGCCCAGCUCCCCCUUCCUGCCGGCCGCCGGGGCAGCCGACGGCCGGUAACGCGCGCCCCGGGGGCGGGAGAGACUCACCAACGACCGAUACCUCAGACCCGACCAGCCAGGGUGCGGAGCGCGCCCCACCGGGACGCAGCGAGAGCCGCUUGGCGCCGGCUGCAUUUCCUUUGGGACGCGCGAGCGAAGGAACCUACAGCCUGGACUUAACCACCACCGAACUUUGAGAGAAGCUAUGUGUUUAUUUCCCUUAAAUUAUUUUUAUAAUGAUAGCUUUUCUACAUCUACUCUUAUUGAUGCAGCUAAGGUACAUUUGUAAGAAAAACGACUUCUCAAACCAUUUGUUAUUGUAGAUAAGAGGAAAAGACUGAGCAUGCUCACCUUUUUAUAUUAAUUUUUACAGUAUUUGUAAGAAUAAAGAAGCAUUUAAAACCA